CCUCAGGCGCGGCGCAGAGCCCAGCCGCAGGGCGGCGGCGGGAACGCGGGGCGCCGGAUCCACUCCACCCGGGAUCGCUGGGGAAGUUCGCGCUGGCAGCAUGGGGCGGUGACGCCGCACCGGCCUUCCGCUCCUGCCACGGGGCGAGAGCAGGCGGUGGAGAAGGAGGAUGCACCCUCGCCGACGGCUCGCCUCUCGGGGCCGGCGCGCAGGGUAAGCCCCGGGCGCGCCGGGCCGGGGCAGUGGGCACCUUGCAGAACAAGGAGUAGCUGGCUGGCUUUGAACGCGUGGCAGACAUUUCAGAAAGCUUCAAGAUCAAGUUGGGAGAAAAGAACAGUUAUUCUUCCAAAUUUAUCUGCUUCAACUAUAAUCUUAUUGGGAAUGGACAAUGGAAUGUUCUCUAGCUUUAUCAUGAUUAAAAACCUCCUUCUUUUUUGUAUUUCCAUGAACUUAUCCAGUCACUUUGGCUUUUCACAAAUGCCAACCAGUUCUGGAAAAGAUGAGACCAAUGACAACAUCACAAUAUUUACAAGGAUCCUGGAUGGGCUCUUGGAUGGCUAUGACAACAGACUGCGGCCUGGGCUCGGAGAGCGAAUCACUCAGGUGCGGACUGACAUCUACGUCACCAGCUUCGGUCCUGUGUCCGACACCGAAAUGGAAUACACUAUAGAUGUGUUUUUUCGGCAAAGCUGGAAAGACGAAAGGCUUCGGUUCAAGGGGCCCAUGCAGCGCCUCCCUCUCAACAACCUCCUUGCCAGCAAAAUCUGGACCCCAGACACGUUCUUCCACAACGGGAAGAAGUCCAUCGCGCACAACAUGACCACGCCCAACAAGCUGCUGCGCCUGGAGGACGAUGGCACUCUGCUCUACACCAUGCGCUUGACCAUCUCUGCUGAGUGCCCCAUGCAACUUGAAGACUUCCCGAUGGAUGCCCAUGCUUGCCCUCUGAAAUUUGGCAGCUAUGCAUAUCCUAAUUCUGAGGUCGUGUAUGUCUGGACCAAUGGCUCCACCAAGUCUGUGGUGGUGGCAGAAGAUGGCUCUAGACUGAACCAGUACCACCUGAUGGGGCAGACAGUGGGCACUGAGAACAUCAGCACCAGCACAGGUGAAUACACAAUUAUGACGGCCCAUUUCCACCUGAAAAGGAAGAUUGGGUACUUUGUCAUCCAGACCUACCUUCCCUGCAUAAUGACAGUGAUCUUAUCCCAGGUAUCCUUUUGGCUAAACAGAGAAUCCGUCCCAGCCAGGACAGUUUUUGGGGUAACUACUGUGCUCACCAUGACAACACUCAGCAUCAGUGCUCGGAACUCCCUGCCCAAAGUGGCCUAUGCCACCGCCAUGGACUGGUUCAUUGCUGUGUGCUACGCAUUUGUCUUCUCUGCGCUGAUUGAGUUUGCCACAGUCAACUACUUUACAAAGAGAGGCUGGGCCUGGGAUGGCAAAAAAGCCUUGGAAGCAGCCAAGAUCAAGAAAAAGGAACGUGACCUCAUACUAAAUAAGUCAACAAAUGCUUUUACUACUGGGAAGAUGACCCACCCACCAAACAUCCCAAAAGAACAGACCCCAGCUGGGACCUCAAAUGCAUCUUCAGUCUCUGUAAAACCUUCUGAAGAGAAGACUUCUGAAAGCAAAAAGACUUACAACAGCAUCAGCAAGAUUGAUAAAAUGUCCCGAAUUGUAUUCCCAGUCUUGUUUGGCACUUUCAACCUGGUUUACUGGGCGACAUAUUUGAAUAGGGAGCCUGUGAUUAAAGGAGCUGCCUCUCCAAAGUAAGCCACCACACUCCCAGACACCAAGGAAGCCAUACUUCCAGCAAAAUGGUACAAGGGAGAGGAUGAGCUAAGAGGACUCUCCAUAUUUGGGCACUUUCAGGAAACUUUUGCAUGUUUAAUAAUAUGUACAAAUAAUAUUGCCUUGAUGUUUCUAUAUGUAACUUCAGAUGUUUUGAAGAUGUCUCAUUGGUAAAUAAAGCAAACAACUUUCUAGAAAAACAGAAGGCAAUGACUCUGACACUCAGAUGCUCAGUAUCUCAACAUCGAUAGUUUACAACAAGAUAAGUAUAUUUUUAACUGUUCCAAGUGUUACCUAACAAUGUUUUUUAUACUUCGAAUGUCAUUUCAUACAAGAUUUCCCAACAGAUAAAUAUUUUAGGAAAUGCUCCAUGAUUAUUACUUGACCAACUAUUGCAAGAGACAAAGAUCACAGAGAGCACAUUUUUCAUUAAAAGGGAAACAGUGGACAUUUAUGUCCAAAAAUCAAUUGCCUUUGAUAAUUCUUACUAUUCUGAAAUUUGAAAAAGGUACUGCAUGAUCUGACAUUAUGAAAUAGAAUAGGCAAACAUUUAUGCAGAGAAAUUUAAUAACAGAAAUGUAUAGUAUACUAGAUUAGCCUACCAAAUAUUUCCCCAAGGAAAAUUUCUAAGCAGUUAGGCUUAAAAAUUCUUUUUUUUUUUUUCGUGUGUUGUGGGGGCGGAAGAAAUUUAUUUCCCACCCCACUUUAACCCCUCCACUAACUGAACAAUGACCAAGAAAGAAAAGGAGAUAUUAAAACAAAAAGAGGUUUGAUGACAUUCUUGGCCUUGACCCACAUGUUCACAGUCUCCAGAACAUUGACCACCUCCCGCUGCCAUCAGCGUGUAGUGCUUCAGUGGUGAGAAAUUGUAACUUGAGUUAUUUUCCAUUAUACUUCCUUGUAUGUAUUUCAUGAUUGACUUAUUGCUGUUAGCUUUUGUAUAUGAAUCUUCAAUGUUCAUUAAAAAACAAUAAAUGAACUGA